CGUCGGGCGCCACAAAACGCUGCACAACGCCAGCCCAGUGGGGGGGGCCGCGGUGCUGUAAUCGCGCUGCAGCACACUUCCCAGCACCAUGCGCGAGCUUGUAGUACGCGAGGCUCUCGCGGAGGCAGGCAUAAAGCGGCGGCGCUCCUCCGGCGGCGAGCCGGCGACCCGCCUCUCGGCGCACCUGUUGGAGCUCUUUGAGGAGAUCGAUUGCGACCCGGCCGUCUGUCGUAUCUCCGCGGAGGAGCUGCGGCGCGGCCUAGAGCGGCUCGGCCUGCCCUGCUCGCCCAACCUCGUCGAUGAGAUCUUUGACCUCGCCGACGCGAACGCCGACGGGCUACUCGACUACGGCGACCUUCUCGUGUACGCGACGGAGAGGGAGGCGCAGGUGGCGCGCACGUUUGCGCGCAUCGCGCGCGACGGCCGGAUCCGGCGCGGCGAGCUCCAGCAGGCGCUCGGCGACCUUGGCCUGCGCGUGAGCGCGGAGCAGGCGCAGUCCUUCUUCGACGCGCUCGACCGCAACGGGAGCGGCACGGUUACCCUGGACGAGUUUGAGCAGUUCUGCUGGCUGCUGCCUCGCGUCGACGCGCGCGCCGCCUUCGAGAGCUGGCAGAAGCACGUGCCGCUCGACACGGGGCAGGAGCCCGGGCUACGCCUCGUCGUUCAUGAUCAAGAGCCGGGUCUCGGCCUCGUCGCCGAGAAGCCGCUCGCCGACGGCAGCGGCGGCAGCACGCCAGCCUCUCCGGCGCCGCCGUCGGUGGUGCUCGCGGCGGGCGCUGUGGCCGGCGUAGUCUCGAGGACGGCCACGGCGCCGCUCGACCGGCUCAAGGUGCUGAUGCAGGUUGGGUCGCACGAAGUCGCUUCCGUCGACGGGUCGGUGCGCAAGCUCGGCCCGGUGGCGAUGAUUGAGCGGCGCGCGGCAGCAAGCGGCGUGCUGGCGGGCCUGCGCGCCAUCUACGCGGCCGGCGGCGUGCCCGCCUUCUUCCAGGGCAACUUGGCAAAUGUGGUCAAGAUCGUGCCUGAGUCCGCCCUCAAGUUUUGGGUGUACGACUGGGUCAAGCGGCUCAGUGCGAGGGACUACUCGCGCCCUACCGCAAGCGAACGGCUCCUUGCGGGCGCAGCUGCCGGCGCGGCGUCCUGCACUGCCAUCUACCCCCUCGAGGUAGUCAAGACGCGGAUGGCAAUCGCUCGGGCCGGGGAGUAUGAGGGGAUCGGCCACUGCCUCCAGCGCACCGCGAGGGCGGAAGGGCUGCGCGCGCUCUACAAGGGACUUCCGGCCUCACUCGCAGGCAUCAUCCCCUUCUCCGCCGUCGACCUCGCCCUCUUCAACACGCUCAAGGAGUGGCUUGCGCGCUACCGCCGCCGAGAACCGGACGUGCUCACUCUCCUCGGCUGCGGCGCCCUCUCGUCGACGGUCGCUCAGCUCGCCACCUACCCUCUCGCGCUGGCGAAGACGCGCCUGCAGGCGGCGGGCAUGCCCGGCUACCCGCAGAGGUAUAACGGCCUCGCCGACUGCCUACGCCAGACGUACUCAGACCGCGAGGGUGGCGGCGUCCGCGCGCUCUACCGCGGCAUCCUGCCAAACAUGCUCAAGGCGGUGCCCGCGAUCUCGAUCUCGUACGUCGUCUUCGAGACGAGCAAAAAGGCGAUGCUCUCGCGGAUCGACGACCAGCGGAGAGCAGAGCCGCGCUAGCCGCCCGCGCUAGCCGCCCGCGCUUGCCGCCUUGCGCCGGGAUGUGUGGGCUAGAUCGCUGAUCGGUCCAUAUAGGGCAGGGUCGCUGCCAAAAGCCCGAUUUU